UCUUUAUUAAAACAAUGAAGGGAAACAGUGUUGGGUUCUUAAGCAUUUUGAUCUUAGCUUUUCUUCUUCUUUCAGCAUCUUCUCGUUUGCUGCUGCAAAUCAACCAUGGUGAAAAGGAGUUCCACACAAGUGGGAUGAGCACCCAAUCUGAUCCAAAGGAAGAUCUCUCAGAUCUGAUUGGAGCAGAAGAGUGCGAGGAGAAAGAUGAAGAAUGUGUGGAAAGAAGGGUGAUUCAAGAAGCUCAUUUGGAUUACAUAUACACUCAAAAUCAUAAGCCUUAGAAUAAUAUACAGAGAGAUGGAUAAAUAAAGUAUGUUUAUCAACAGAAAUGUGUAGUUGUGGAUGUUAUCAACAUGUUAUAAUAUUUGGAGUUUGGUUGUAAUUUUGUUUUU